GUGACAGUUCUUCAAUAUAAUAUACUUUAUUAAUUAUUACUUCCUACCUGAAUUUGAAUUUAAAUAUUUUAAUUUAUUAUUUACUUCCAAUUAACUUUAAUGUCGUUAAUUUUUAAUAGAGAAAUUUUAUUUAAAACAAUAUUAAUUAAACGUAGUAAUAAAUUGACUACCUUCAAAAUGGCAAAAAGUUCUUUUGAAUAUGUUAAAAUGUUUGAAUUAGAUGACACCUUAUUACCCAAUUCGUGGAUUGUUGUAAGACUCGAUGGAAAAUGUUUUCAUAAAUUUUCUGAAGAUCAUGAUUUUUCAAAACCCAAUGAUAUAAGAGCUCUUAGAUUAAUGAAUUAUGCUGCAUUUAGUGUAUUUAAAGAAUUUCAUGAUUUAUUAAUGGCAUUUGGACAAAGUGAUGAAUAUUCUUUCAUAUUUAAAAAGCAUACGACUCUGUACAAUCGUCGAGCAUCUAAACUACUUACUACAAUAAACAGCAAAUUUUCUUCAUCAUAUGUGUAUUAUUGGAGCAAAUUUUUUGGCACAUACAAUCUAAAAUAUCCACCAACAUUUGAUGGCCGUAUUAUUUUGUAUCCAUCUGAUGAAAACUUAAUUGAUUACAUGAAAUGGAGACAAGCAGAUGUUCAUAUAAAUAACUUAUAUAAUACAACUUUUUGGAAUCUUGUAUUAAAAGGAAAUAUGAGCCCCACACAGGCAGAAAAACGCUUAUGUGGCACUGUCUCAGCUAACAAAAAUGAAAUAUUAUAUAAUGAGUUUCACAUAAAUUACAAUAAUGAACCUGAUAUUUAUAAGAGAGGAACAUUACUACUUAGAAAAAUUAUAAACAAUCAAGAUACAAAUAAAACAUAUACAGUAAUUGUGGAUAUUCAUGAUGACAUGCUAAAAGAGAUUUUCUGGAAAGAACAUUCAACUUUAUUAACAGUUAAACCAUCAAAACAAAAUUUUAUACAUAUAGGUCCAAUUACAGAUAUUAUUGAAGAACAGCUAAAACUGAAAGAGCCAUCAGAAUAAAAUAAAUCUUUGACAUAGUAAUUCUUA